AUGGAUGGACCAGCAACUCCAGCAACAACUGUUGGCGGUACACAAGCCAAAAUUGGUGGAAAUCCUGGCACAAUUUCAGCUGUUAUUUACAUUUGUGGAGAUUGUCACAAGGAGAAUGAAAUACGUCCAAAAGAUCCAAUUAGAUGUCGAGAAUGUGGCUAUAGAAUUCUUUACAAGAAAAGGACUCGAAAAAUGAUGGUUUACGAUGCUCGAUAA